AGUGAUCGAAAACCCCCAUCUUGGCUGGUGUUUGCCGAGAUAAACUGCGGCUGGGAUUGCAAGCGGCAAAGGGCAAGCAAGAGCGAAAGGGGAAGCUGGAUGUAUGCCUCAAAAGUCGUGUGCGAGGGCGCCGAGAUAACUUAAAUGGCAGAUCUGGCCAAGCACUCUAGGGGAGCGAUCCGUGGUGCCGGCGCAGCCGGAAGGGCUUUGUGGCCCACGAGGCGGAUGGGGCAGACGGGUGUUUGCAUCAAGUGGGAGCGCGCACGAGCUUCAGGCGACGUCCGACAGGCGGUGCACGGCAGCGGCACCCCCAAGCCACCCGUAUAAACCCUCGGCAGGAAGCAAUAUUCGUGCGUGAAACGUGUGAGGGUGUGGGCUGCAGGAGAAGAGCGAAGCAAUGUCGAGAGGGUUCAGAAUGUGAGCUGAGGGGAGAGGUGCGUUUACGAGGGCUGUCCAGAGUAUCACAACCUCAUGAGUGCAAGAUUGAGACCCGCAGGAGAGGAUAACGACAGCCAACGAGAGGAAGAAAAGGCAAAAAUGAAAAUAAAAAUAAGAUCAGGCGGCCCGACGUGAUCUGCUAGAUCGAGAUCGAGAUCGAGCAGCGCGAGCGAGCGAAAGAAGCAAGAGGCCGGGUAACAAACGAGAACGCCUGCAUGUCAACCAGGCUGGGAGACAGAGGGAAGGCGAGUCUCCCAGAAGAGGCGCCUCGAGGCUACUUGCCGUGGGUAUUUGAAUGAUUAUAGAUACCUCACCAAUACGCCCGGCUCCGGACUAAAUUGGUUGAACGCCUUGGAGGGAGUCCAAGUCCCGGCGCUAGGUCCACGCCCCAGUAGAACAUAGGGAAGAGCACGCACAGCCAACUUGGGCAUGACGAUCGUAACAGGAGUGAGAGUUCUUUUUUUUUACAAGAGUACCUAGGUAGGUUAAGUAAGGCCCCGAGUAGCGCGAGGUCUAAGACGGCGAGGAAGAAUAUAUGAUAGUAG